AUGAGUACGAAAUUCCUAUUGAGUCUGAGUCUGAGAAUUGCAUGGUCUCUAGCCAAGACCGUGACGUCUACUAAUGAUGACGAUGAUGAACUUUUACCUGUACCAGAUGGACCCGAAUUAGAUGACCCGAUAUCAUCGGAACCUUUCGAUGAAGUUAGUCCCGUAGUGGAAGAAAUGUUUUCAUCAUGGGCUUUAUUCAUUAUGUUGUUCUUAUUAAUUUCAGCAUUGUGGUCCAGUUAUUAUCUAACACAAAGGAAAAUUAGAGCUGUCCAUGAAACUGUUCUUUCUAUAUUCUAUGGUAUGGUCGUAGGACUUAUAAUUAGAUUAUCUCCUGGUAAUUAUAUUCAAGAUACUGUGACUUUUAACUCUUCUUAUUUUUUUAAUGUUUUACUACCUCCUAUCAUUUUAAAUUCAGGAUACGAAUUGAAUCAAGAGAACUUUUUCAAUAAUAUGGUUUCCAUAUUAACAUUUGCCAUACCUGGUACUUUCAUAUCUGCAUGUGUAUUAGGUACAAUCGUCUAUCUUUGGACUGCAUUAGGCCUGGAAAGUGUACAUAUUUCAUUCGUCGAUGCAUUAUCUGUCGGUGCAACAUUAUCUGCAACAGAUCCAGUCACAAUCUUAUCAAUAUUCAAUGCAUAUCAAGUGGAUCCUAAAUUAUAUACUAUCAUCUUUGGUGAAUCAUUAUUGAAUGACGCUAUUUCUAUUGUUAUGUUUGAAACAUGUCAAAAAUUCCAUGGACAACCAGCAAAAUUUUCCUCAUUAUUUGAAGGUAUUGGAUUAUUCAUGAUGACAUUCAUGGUUUCUUUAUUAAUUGGUGUAGUCAUUGGUAUAGUAGUCGCAUUAUUAUUGAAACAUACACAUAUUAGAAGAUAUCCACAAAUUGAAAGCUGUAUAAUCUUACUUAUAGCAUAUGAAUCAUACUUUUUCUCAAACGGAUGCCAUAUGUCAGGUAUCGUGUCAUUAUUAUUCUGUGGUAUCACUUUAAAACAUUAUGCCUACUAUAAUAUGUCAAGAAGAACUCAAAUUACUGUGAAAUAUAUAUUCCAACUAUUAGCACGAUUAUCAGAGAACUUCAUAUUCAUUUAUUUAGGAUUGGAACUUUUCACUGAAGUAGAAUUGGUUUAUAAACCUUUAUUGAUUAUUGUGACAGCUAUAUCCAUUUGUGUUGCACGUUGGUGUGCUGUUUUCCCAUUAUCUCGUUUCGUGAAUUGGAUUUAUAGAAUGAAAACUUUGAGAUCAAUGAGUGGAACCAUGGGCGAUAGAAUGUCUGUUCCAGAGGAAAUACCAUAUAAUUAUCAAAUGAUGACAUUUUGGGCAGGUUUACGUGGUGCCGUUGGUGUUGCAUUGGCCCUAGGGUUACAAGGUGAAUAUAAAUUUACUCUUUUAGCUACUGUAUUAGUGGUAGUCGUUUUGACUGUUAUUGUAUUUGGUGGUACUACAGCAGGUAUGUUAGAAGUUUUAAAGAUCAAGACGGGAUGCGUUACAGAAAAUGAUAGUGAUGACGAAUUCGACAUUGAGGCACCCAUGCCAAUACCAUACCCUGUUACAAAUAGUCUUCAGGCAUCUCCUUUAUUAGCUGGUACAUAUUCUGAUAAUAAUUCAGCAGAAAUAUCAGUGGAGAAUGUAGCCAUGGACAAUGAUGCUGGAAAUGGGAAAUCUCUUCCCACAGGUAGUAUAUCUUCACCAUUUAGAUUACAAGACGCAUCGCAUGUAGGGAGUGCAUUCGAUUUUGAUACUAGAGAUAAUGAUAGAGGUAAUAAUAACAGUUCAAGAGCAACACCAGAGGACUCUAAUAUCAAUAAACCAUUGAGAGAUAAAUUGGGGAAUUUAUUCAAAUCUGACUCACAAUGGUUCCAAGAUUUCGAUGAGCAUGUCCUGAAACCAGUAUUUUUAGAUAAUACCAAUUCACCACAAGGUGAUUCAUCAACUAAUAUACCUUCUGAACUAGGAAAUAGAAGAAGAUAA